AUGGGGCAUCUGAAUCUUUCCGACGCACAGUUUAAAGUUACUCGGGACCAAAGUAAUAUCGGCCUAGUUCAAAAUGCACACCAUUACGCAGAAAGGUACCCUGAGUACUACAAAUACUCAAAAAUCGCUCGUCAUCAGAGAGAUUUAACUUGGGAGUCCAAAGCAGGCAAAGGCAAGGUCUUCGGGACUCUUGGACAAACAGAUGACUCAUUAUUUGGUAAAGGUGGAUACAAACAAGAUAUCUUCAAGGACCAGCGAGGCCAUUUAGAAGGUCAGGCCUACGGCUCAAGAGUACUUGGGCCCAACGGGGGUAAAUCUUUGAUGGGUGGCAAGUUGGACUGGUCCAAUGAUAACGCAAAAGUGAGUGCUGACAUAAAUAAAGAAAUUGGAGGUCGAAGUGGUUUAACUGUAACCGGUGAAGGAAAGUGGAAACUAGAUAAAAACACAAGAUUAAGUGCUGGAGGUCAUGUACAGAAGACCUUUGGACAUGACAAACCCGACAUUGGGUUAGAAGCAAGAAUUGAACAUGACUUUUAA